ACGAUCCCAAAACACAUUUCCUCGUUUGUUUAGCCCAUUUUCUAGCCCCUUCCCACCAUGGCCGCCACCGUGGUUCAGGCAUCCAGCUCCACGCUUCACUCUUCCUUCCUUAGCUCGGGGGUCACGAGCCUUAGGUCCAAUGGGAACGCAUCUCUCCUCGUGUCCAAACCGCGCAAGGUGUCUAGAAUCUCCGCCAUGGCUGGCGGCAACACGCGAAUUCACCGGCUGCUGAACGAGAAUAAAUUUCUGAUUCUCCCCGGCUGCUACGACGCUCUGUCUGCCCUCAUCAUCGAACAGUCCGGCUUCGAAGCCGGAUUCAUCUCGGGAUAUGCAACUGCUGCUGCGAAACUCGGGAAACCCGACAUUGGUUUGCUGACUCCAACUGAGAUGUGCGCAACGGCACGCUACGUAUGCGCCGCUGCUCCCUCCACUCCCAUCUUUGUUGACGCAGACACGGGAGGCGGCAAUGCGCUCAACGUGCAGCGCACUGUCAAGGACCUCAUCGCCGCAGGCGCUGCGGGCUGCUUCCUCGAGGAUCAAGUUUGGCCUAAGAAGUGCGGACACAUGAGAGGCAAGCAGGUCAUUCCAGCAGAGGAGGCGGCAGUCAAGAUAGCGGCAGCGCGGGACGCCAUUGGCGAUGCGGACUUCUUCCUCGUGGCGCGCACAGACGCCCGCGCCACGUCGCAGAAGAGAGGGCUCGCCGAUGCCAUCGCACGCGCCAACCUCUACAUGGAUGCUGGAGCUGACGGGUGCUUUGUGGAGGCACCGCGCGAUGUGGAGGAGUUGAGGGAGAUAGGCCGCAGCACCAGGGGCAUCCGAGUGUGCAACAUGCUGGAAGGAGGCGUCACUCCCCUCCUCACGCCGCAGGAGCUCUCUGAUCUUGGGUUUCACCUGAUAGUGAACCCGCUGACGGGGCUAUACGCGGCCACGCGUGCGCUGAUUGACAUCCACAAGGAGCUGAAGCGCGAGGGCACGACGCGCGGGGCGCUGGAGCGCCUGGCCACGUUCACCGAGUUCAACUCGCUCGUCAGCCUCGAGGACUGGUACGCCACGGAGGCCAAGUUCUCCACCGCCAAGUUCGCCAGCCCUUCCGCCGCACAGGACUCCACCUCUUAGACUUGCCAUGAUAGCUCCAGAGAGAAGAGGACGGAUGCUCCAGACUGUUGCAAUGCUCACCUGUUCACACUGCCAAUUGCCAGCAACGUUCCUUUUUCCUUGGGUGCCUUGCCGUUCAUGUUAGCAUGGCACCAAGUUUUAUAUGUAGGGUUAAGAAAUGAAACAAGGACGCCGCCAGUGUGCAACUCCCAUCAAUCAAGUUUAGUGAGCAGUUGUGUUGACGGAUAGAAACACGCUG